UUUCAGUUUUUCCGUUUCUUCCACUACUCUUAUACGCUUAUUGGGUUCAAAUUAAUUCUAAUAAAUAAUAUUGCAUGGAAAAGAUUUCAAAUAAUUUAAAUUAUGUUACAAUUUAUUAAAUAAUUAAGUUACUUUUGUAAAAUCAUAUGUAAGUGACUAAUAUAGAGAUACGAGAAAAUCUAAAGAGUGCAGUGAAGUAAAGUGCAAACAAAGUUUGGUGUUCAGCGUUGUCAAUGCAAAGGCAACAAUUUGAAAGAGGCAACUGCAGCGGCUAAAGAUUCGAAAUGAUGUCAGUGAUCUCAUUUACAUUUUCAUGUUGAAAUAUGUACAUCUUUGUUGUUAUGCGCGAAAUACUUUGUUAGUAAUCAUUAUUUUAAACUUUACCUUACUUGGAUUUUCUUCGCACAUUGCACACAAGUUGGUUGUUGCUGUAUUGAUGAUGAUUCCAAAUUCGAGCUUAGUCACAUUUCUAUUCGCCAAUACACUUUAAACCAAUAAUUCUUUUUUGUGUGUAAAAAGUUACUUCAACGUUAAAGGAUUUUUUUCAUAAGAGGAGAAGCGGUAUGCGGAAGAUACGGAAUUUAAGAGCAUUAAAUAAUAAUUUGCGAGAGAAAGCGUUUCAAGCUAUAAAUUUGUGAAUGAUAUUAAGUAAUGUUCAAGUCAAGAAAUAGUAAUAUCAACAACAAUAUCAUAAAUGCACCUAAAGCCCGCAACAGUAGGAACGUUAAAAUCUAUCGGUUCAGGAAAUUUUGAUGACAGGACACUGCGGCAAGCAGAGCAAAGAACGAAUAUGGCUGCCACUACCAGAAGCAAUGCAAAUGAUGAAAAUCCACAGGGCGGGGGGAGUGGUACAAGAGCGAACAAUAGCAAUAACAAUAACAACAAUAACAAUGAAGAUAGUUCGAGCAAUAAUCAACAGGUUAUGGAUGAUGCAGAAUUAAAAUUGAAACGCCAAACACUCGAGCAGCGUAAACAAGAAUUGGAGAGGGUGUUGAGUGAAAAGAAUUGGUUGCUACAGCAAAUACAAAAGCAAGAAACACAAAUAUUAAAUGGUAACUAUGAAUAUUUGAAUGUGAACGAGAUAUUUGCGAUGUUGGCACGGCAGUAUAAAAAGGAGCAUGGCGGUGGUGGAGGUAGUGACAGUGGAAGUACAGCAGUGCUGCGGCGAAAAACAAUUGGCGGUAGUAGUUGCAAGGAAAAUCAGUUGAACCAUAAUAAUAAUAAUAACACUGCCAAUAGACAGUCGGAAAUUUCAAAUCGUUCAUCCGAGUAUGACAACUAUCCCGGAGGCAGUGCUAACAAUGGUGAAUGCAAUACACCAGCUUUUAAUGCCGGCGCAACACAAAUGCAGCUAACCAAGUCGCAGUCGUUGAGGAAGCGAGGCACCACAACACCUACAGUGCAAACGUUAGGUGGUAAUUACAAUUAUUUGCAAGUGCAACAAAGGCAACAACAACAACAACAAUUGAUGCAACAACAGAUGUUGCAUAAUCAGCUGCAAUACGCGGCCAUGAUGCAACAUCAGCACUAUCAUCAACAGCAACAACAGUUGCAUCAGCAACAAACGCAAGACGAACAGCAACUAAUACACCAGCAACAACAACAAUACAAUCAGCAAAUAUCGCCAUCACAAUCGCAUCUUUGCCAGUACCCCGUAGAUGCCGUUUCCUUAUACUCGGUCAAUUCAGCCAGUGUCGCUACUUUACGUCAACAACACAUAUCACCUCAACAGCAACCGAUUGUGGUGCAAUGUGACCGUUACUAUCUAUCACCAACGCACCAGAACUAUACCGACGGUGGUUUUAUUAAGUCCAGUCAGAAUAUUAAGAAGUAUAUAUCGCCACAACCAUCACCCACACAUCACGGUGUUGCAACAACGCAACUGCAUCCACAUUUACAACAAACACAUGCUUAUCAGCAAGAUUUACUAAUGGCAACUGCAGCAACGGCCGAACAAAAGUAUAUGCAGCUGCAACAGCAACAGCAACAACAAUCCCCACAACAACAGCAACACUUUUUGACACUGCAACAAUUGCAACCGGUCAAUUUAUUGCACCCGCAUGCGCAACAACAACACAUAUCCAGUAGGCAACUAGACGCCAUUUCGCUAGCACCCUCAUACAUUUCUGUUGACGUGGAUGGUGUCGCAGCGCAUAACCUACGUUGGCGUUCACAAAGCAAUCUGCCACCAGCCUCGCCACACACUCCACCGCACAAGGGAAUGCCAUACAAUUCAACCCAAAUGGCAGCGGACAACAAAUCGCACUCGAGUGAUAUGUUGUCAAGCAAUGCGUAUUAUAAUACUUCUGCGGCACUGCCAGCAGCGUCCAUCAAAUCUUUGACUAAGCCACUCGAUGAAAUCUCCAUUUCGUCGUUUAAUAGUGAAACGCAAAAAUCCAAACCACCCAAGCCAAAACAAUGGUUAGAAUCCUCUUUGGAUGGACCCGUUGUACGUCAGUCACCAGCUAAUAGCAACACACACGGACCCGACACAUACCAUAACACGACACACAGCUCUGCACGUUUACCAACGAAUAAAAUGCAUACCGUUACGUCUGGUGCUGGUGUUAGCACGGGUGUUGUUGGCGCCAACCGUGAACGCACAAAACUAUCAUCACAAUCCAUGUCAGGUGCGACACGUCAUUACUCCAUGUCGGCGGCAUCACACAAGCACCCGUAUGCGCAAACUAAAAUGCUGCAAGAUGACGACGGGCGCUGUGCCAAACUUAGCCAGUCCACUUCUUAUCUGAAUAGCAGGGAGUCGCCUUCAAUAUCGGCCGCCUAUCCACUGGACGGUAAGACCAACAGCACCACCAUUGAGUUGCCAACUCCCACAACGGCAUUCAAGUAUUUACCGCCAAAACCGGGAACUGCAGCUAGCACACCAUCUCAGCAGCUGACACCACCACCACCCCCGCGUCCGCCACCAAUGGGCGAGAAGUUGAUCGGUGUAAAUAGUGGUAGCACAAUUGUUGGCAUUGCGUCGGUACCCAGUGCGCUGGCACCCACAGAUAUACGCAUUGAGUCACCCAAAAAUAUAACUGUCGUAAAGCCGGCCACCUUCCGUCCCUAUCAGGAGGAGACCAAACCAUUUGAAAUGUCCGAUUUCUAUAAAUAUUCCACAAAGUUUCGACAGAAGGAAUCGGCGACGACGAAUGCCGAACACUAAAGUGGUUGCAGCGGUACAAAGUAUUUCAUAAAUAUACACAAACAUCACAUUUACAAGAACUUCACAUUUGUCUAGCAAACAAGUAAAUUUUUUUUUGCGUUUUGUGUUACACAUAAUAAAUAUAAAUUAGAUUUAUUAUAGAUUAUACGUUGUUAAUAAUUUCAAAGUUUGUUUACAUUCGUAUAUAACGGACUUAUUAUGCACGUCAAUUUGCAUUAAGCACGUUAUAUAAUACGCCGUCUACACGAUGCAACUUAAUAUGCCUUACUAAAUAAGAAUCCUUAACACCAAGUGCGACUAUACCCAACGAAACGUUUGUUUGUUAAAGACUUGCUAAAAUAUUUAAUUAGGAGACUUGUUCAAUAUUGAUAUUUAUAGAUUUUAUACACAAAAAAAAAAAUCUAAAAAAAAAAACAAAAAAGCACCAAGAUUGCCCUCUGAAAAAGUUAUAAUGUUUGUUGAGAAUACGCGAAUUAUGCAAUAGUUAUACUAAUUACUUAUUCACUCAUUUUAGUUGAUAUUUUUGAUAUUUCAAUUAUUAGUAACUUAUACAACUUGUCUUUACUUCACAACGACUAUGUGCUGAUCAUUGCCAAAUUGAUAUAUAUACAUACAUUUUAUAGCGACAAUAAAUAUAUACAUAAUAAAUAUUUUUAUACGUAUUAAAAUUGUUAAAUUUUUCAUAGUUAGUGAGUAUGCUAGUAAUUCGCAUUAAAACGUAUACUUAUGUAACAUACAUAUGUACAAGUACAUAAGUACUUUAUAUGAAAUGUAGUCAUUGAUUCAAUUGUAUUUUGAUUAUUUACCAAGUAAAAUAUUAAAUAAAUUAACCGAGAAACAAAUUAAGUG